GUGAGUCGCUUCUUUUUGUACAUGACCAAAUUUUCACAGGAUUGUUGCGCACGUUCGUUUGACACGAACAACGUGCACAGUCAAAAAAGUCAGCACUUGUACGCGAGCACUCUGAAGUACUGUCGCUGUCAGUUAAAGCUGUUCAUGGCACUGUUGCGAAGUUUGAAAAUUCGAUGCUUGGCACAUGGGUAAACGUGCCAUAAACUUCCAUUGGCUCCUUAAAAUUACAACCUCGAUGGGCGGGAGAUAAGUUGGUUCCUUCCUCGCCCCUUCACGUCCGCGCCAUGUUUGACGUGUCCAUCGAGGAUGAGAUACCCCCUGCGUUCUUGUACUCAUUUCUAGCACUGAUAGUGGCCUAUCAUAUCUUCGCACCUCUGUGUUCCACCGUGAAACAACGAUCAUGGAUAUUGACCACAAUCAGUAGCGCCGCGAUGUCUCUGUCAAGUUUACCUCUUUUCCUUCACUACGUUGGUUCUCGUGGAGAUUUAAGAGGGAUAAGAUCAACGCUUUGGACGGAGAGUGCCAGUCGGUUCUUUCAAGCAUAUCUUGUCGCAGAUCUAUUGAUGGGCAUGAUUUACUACCGUAGCAAGGUUAACUUGCUAACAGGCUGGUUUCAUCACACGAUAUACAUUUUCAUUGUCGGGUAUUCCUGUCAUAUGGGCUGGAGUCAUCUGUUUAUACUGUGUGCUGUGCUGGAGGUACCUACCUUCGUUCUGGCCAUUGCGAGCCUCAACCCUCGCUUCCGCUCGGAUGUGAUUUUCGCAUUGUCCCGGCACAGUGUCACGAAUGAUUCGUUUGGCCCAGGCGUCAUCAUGGCCUGCAUCUUCCCUCUUCACGCAUUCUGGUUUUACGGGUGCCUGAAAGGGUUCGUCAAGCGCGCCAAGCCCGUAAAGCCUCAGCCCGUCAAGCAAGGUACUGUUACGACAUCUCCAAGUCCGUCAGGGUUUACUUCCUUACGUGCAAGGUCUUGGACGCUGCCGCGCCGCCGUGGCUCACUUAGGCAGGCUGUUCGUGCUUGGGACAGGUUUGAGCUCCGAAACGCAGCCGGACGUUUCGGGGAUGUGCAGCGCCGUCUGAGGGCUUCAUUGCCUGUGGCGCGCGAACGGGUAUAUGCUUAUGUUGGAUUAGAGUGGCCCCCAAGUGGAGAGCCGCAACGGACUGGUGCUGUGGAGACUGAAUCCUCUUUAUGAUUAAAGACAAUUUACAAGGUGUAGUUUCUAUUCAUCCUUUAUACCUCGAUAAUUCAUGCGGGAUAGCUUUAUACUAUGCAACUCUAUACCCAUACCCCUGUAGUAUUAGUGUACCAUGACACUAACGAGCUUUAUGACCUCUAUGCAUUUAUCCGUUAUGCUCAUGCUGUACAAUGCCUAUAGAUUUCUGUUUUAUGUAGUCGAUGGGACUUCAGA